UAAUUAACAUGUAAUACAGGUCUGUAUUAGCUCAUCUGUAAGUAACUUAUCAGACUAUACCAUGAGAUCUCACCAUACUUAUUUAAAGCCACAUGCAAAAUGUACUCAACACCAGCGAAGUAAAGCGUCAUUGAAACACCGUAUGAUGGACGUCACGAGAGUGAAUCAAUGUUUGCAUGCUAUGAAUUAUGAUCAAAGUACAGUAAAACAAAAAGUCGAUUAAAAACCUAUGAGCGGCGUAUUGAUACACUGAGAACCAUUAUUGCAGAAUUACAGGCUCAAAAUGAAUAUCUAAGGAAUCAAUUGUUAAAAUACCCAGAAAAUCGCAACAGAAACGUGAAUGAUUACUUAUCUUCAAGUAUUAGUCAAUUAACUACUGAUGUCACUACUUUAAAAGCUAAGCUGAAAGAGAUGGAACAAUUGAAAAAUUCUAUGGAUGAAAGUUACAAAGAGGCUGUUCAAGAAUAUCAUUUCAUAGUAGUGAAACAACUUACUGAUUUAAAACAACAGUUGGACGAGUCUCGAUUGAGAAAUGAGGCUCUGGACCAUACUGUAGCUGUAAUAGAUAAAAAGUUGGAACAAAUCAGCCAUGGUAAGGAAGAUAAAUCACAGAAAAUGAUAGUUGAACAAUAUACAAUGAUGAAAGGAGAAUUAAAUAAAAUGAGAAUCGAAAUGGAUCAUGAAACUCAAAAACAAAAUCAAAAUUUAAUGUCUGAAGUUUCUACUUUGAAAAAGGCUGUUGUAAAACUAGAAAAAUCGAAGGAGAGACUCGAGUACGAUUAUGAAAAGAAACUAUCACAUAUCAUCAAGAAUAAAGAUAUGGAAAUAAAAGCCUUGCAUUUACAACUGCAAAAACAAAAAAAUGAAUUGUACACAUCUCUGAGUAUAAAGAAGCAAAAUGAAGUGGAUAAUAUAGUUUCUAUAUUAGAGGAGCGAUAUAAAACGCUUUUGGCAGAAACAGAAGCAAUGUCAGAAUCUAAAAUUCAGGAGUAUCUCAUGGUACUGAGCGCCGUAAAUUUUAUUUAAAAAUAAUCUAAAAAUAUGCGCAAUAAGAUAAUAAUAAUGGUUAUUACAAAUUUUAGAGAAUAGCUAUUCUUGAAGAUCAAGUACUUAAUAUGAAGAAAUUUGAGUCGAGCUUAUAGGGUAGUGAUUUCGUAAUAGUUUAUAGUAGAAUAUAAUUAUAUAAUUGUAUAUUAUAUAUAUGUUUGUUCUUAAUAAAGAGUACAAGAAACGA